UCCGUCUUCCUCCCCGACUACCUCUUCCUCUCCAACUGCGAGUCGGGCAAGCUCAGCCACAACAGGUGUGACAGCUGGUCCAAUUCGGACAGAUCUCUGGAGCAGACCUCCUCGGAUGAUGUUUUUGUUGACUCUGUGCAGUCCCAGCCCUCCUUGUACCUCGUGCAGCUGUCCGGCGCUGGCACUGGGCACCAGGAUGGGGCCCCGCUGGCAAACCCCAGCGCCGUGUCCAGGAACACAGACCUUAGUGGGCCACCCAGUGACUUUUCCUCCUCUUCUCCACUGCUGGGCACGCCGCUGACGCCAACCUUUCAGAUUGACAAGAGCCAGAAGGCGCUGCCCUACGGCGUAACCCAGCUGGACGUCCUGUCCAACACCCCCCCCCCACGGCCACCCAAGCCAACCCACUUCUCAGACAGGAGAGGGGACGAGGCGGGCGGUGGGACCCUCCAGAACGGGCACGCGGGGGUCUGCCGGGCUCAGGUCGCUCUGGUGCCCAGAAGGAUCUCCUUGUCCAGCUUAGACAACGUGAGGAACUGGAAAGCAGACAUGGAAGGCAGUUCCUUAAGAAGUCGGGAUAAGAGGCUUAGCUUGAAUUUGCCCUGCCGGUUCUCCCCGCUCUACUCGACGGCUGGGGAGGGGGCAGAGGACAGCUACGUGCCCAUGCGCCCCAGCAACUCCCCCUCUGCGCCCGCCUCCGACUGCUCCCCCGACGGCUACAUCCCCAUGAGCCCGGGCUCAGCCACCUUCUCCUUCCCCGUGCUCAGCACCGAAAAACUCACCAGCCCUCUGCCAGAGCUCCCCUCCGACCUGGAGCCCCCGCCGGUCAACCGGGACCUCAAGCCUCGCAGGAAAUCACGGCCACCUCCUCUGGACUUGAGGAACCUCUCCACGAUCCGAGAGCAUGCUGCUGUGACCAGGAUGUGGACUGUGCCUUACAAUCGAAUGAGCUUUAUCUCACCAGAAAGAGACGGUAUUAAUUCAGCAAGAAUAUUUGCCAAUUCAGUUUCCGGAGAAGAGGAAGAAAGUUACAUUCAUAUGGAACACAGACAGGCAACAUCUCCAUACAGUGGUGCUUUUCCAUGGACAAGGAAAUCUAACCUUGAUUACUUAGCAUUGGAUUUUAAUUCUGCUUCCCCAUCCCCUGUACAGAAGAAACCUUUUCUCUCUGAGGAGCAGAGAGUGGACUACGUCCAGGUAGAUGAACAGAAGACUCAAGCUNAGCAGAACACAAAACAGGAGCAACUAAAAAAAACACAGAGCAGAAUUCUAAAAGCAGAGCAGUCCUCCCCUGAG